AUGACUUUGAUUGCAGCUGCGAGUGGCUUAUCCUUGACGCCAGAGCAUGGUAUUUAUGGAAGCCUGAUACAUGAAAAGGCAAGGCCUUAUGGAAGCCAUUAUCUCAGAAAUGAACAAUUAGGUUGCUGGCGGGCACAUGCAAACAUUUGGAGGAAGAUCAUAUCAGAGAAUAUAGAGACAGCCUUGAUUCUCGAAGACGAUGUUGAUUGGGAUAUCAAUAUUCGCCACGUGUUUGCGGAGCUUAGCCAUCAAAUGAGCCUCCAGAAAGAUUUCAGACAACUGACUCCGCGAGCGGAACCGAGGCCAGCUCCAUAUGGUAUGCUUAAAUUCAUGAGAUUUCUGAUAGAUGUGCUACUACUAACAAAGAACCUUCAACCCGAAGGCUCUGGUUGGGAUGUUCUUUACGUGGGCAGCAGCUCAAAUAUCCCUAACCUAUACAACCUACCACCUUGCUAUAUUUACCAGGACCCAAACGCGCCAGAAUUCGACAAACUCGGACGAUCGUACAAGCUCGAACUAGAGGUAUGGGGUGUCAACACCAGCGAGCAGACAAAUUCGCGUGUUGUGGCCCCAUCAUGGUAUCCUGUGGGAGCGCUGGGAUAUGCUGUGACUAGAAGUGCCGCCCAAACCCUACUUUACAAUCUUGGCGGUUACCAGGGUCUUCAAUCACCAGUAGAUCUUGCCAUGAUUAGUAUGAUACAACGAGGCAUUCUGGAUGCAUACACUGUUAUACCACCGCUGAUCACUCCAUUUUGGGUGGGAGGAGCCAGAGAUAGCGAUAUCAACGAGAAGAAAUAUACGGAAGAAAGAUGUGAAAAAAGAGUUCUGGGGUCGGAAAACCUGAAGAACAGUGCAAGAUUAGCCCUUGCGGGCUUGAUCAAACACUGA